AUGUUUCAAGUUCUCAAACAACAUAAACACCCUCCUACAUUAAAAAGACUCUUAAUAGGAGGAAUUGCUACGCUUGCAUCAAGUAUUUAUGGAAAAUGUAUAUCUCUUGCAGGAUCUAAAAGCUGUCCUUCAUUUAGUACAUCAUUAAUAUCUACUACAAUCAACAAUACAUUUCCAUUCCUUUCUUUUAUUGAAAAUGCAUCUGAUUUUGAUGAAAAAUUAGAAUCUUAUAUAAUUAAUAAUUAUACAUUUAAUAAAUAUGCAAGCUAUUAUAAAUGCCCACUAGAAAAUAUUUCAAAUAUUAAUAGCUUUUAUGCAAGAUACACGAAGACAGUACUAUGUGCAUCUAUGGUUCAAGAAUCAAUCACUGCAUGUAAUUUAACUGCAGCAAACAGUCGUCCUGUUUGUGCGGAUACAUGCAUAGAUUGGACUAAUAGCGAAGCAUUUAUUUUACAAUAUCAUUGUACAAAUAGAGCUCUCAAAAAUGAUCUAUCAUUAAUACGAGCUGAUUUUACAGUUUGUACAAGUCCUAAUAGAUCAUUCUCCUCAGAUUGCAUCAAAGGAGAAGCUAACGAGCCUAGCAGUUGUGGGUUCGGAACCAAUAUAUUAGGACUCUGUCAAUACUGUAACUCAUUCUCACAGAAUUCUAUAGAUGUGUGUUGUAUAAUAUCUAACUUAUCACAAUGCACUACUUUUAAUUACUCUGAUUCACUGUCUUUACCUUCGUAUAUAAGACCUAACUUUACAGAAACAACGCUUCCAAAUACUACUGACUCAAACUCUUUGCCUAUAACUCCUACAAAUGAAAAUAAACAAAGGAAAGAUGAUACUGAAAGAUUACCACAUAGAACAAUUUCAUUUAUAGUUGUUUUUUCGAUAAUAAUCAUAUUAGUAAUACUUUCACUAUUAGUCUUACUUAUCAUUCUUUCUUGCAACAAAAGAAGGAAAAAUGAAAAUAUUGCAUCCAAACAAUCAAACAAUUUAAAUCAACAUUUCAUUAGAGAACAUAAUUUACAGAAAAACAGUCUUUUAUCUUUUUUUGGAACAGCAAAUAAUUCUAACUUGAAUUACAAUACUACAUUAGUAGAAAAAAGCUCUGAUUAUUUUAGUAGAACUAUAAUCGCUACACCAGAAAAAGAUCUUUCUCGGACAAAUAAUGAAAGUAAACAAACCAAAAGUUUUAAUAAUCUUUAUAAUAUUUCUAACUUAAAUAAAAAUCAUGAACUUUCUCAAAAUACAUCUUUAAAUCUUAGCUCUUAUAGAACUUUAAACCAUCAUGAGUCACAAAUAACCGAAAUUAACACUGAAAGUAUAAAUACUAAUGCAUUUAAAAGUUCUAAAUCGCGCCCAACAUCUUCUGUUGGUGAAGAUCGUGCUACAGUUUUACCUAUUAUAAUGUCUAUAAAAGAUUACUAUUCUGACCAUCAAAUAACACGUAAUACAGAAGUUGUUGCUCUUUAUAUGUAUGAACCAAAAAUGCCAGACGAAAUGACUCUAGAAAGAGGUGAUAUUAUUUAUGUAGUGUCAGUAUGGGAUGAUGGCUGGUGUUCAGGAAUAAAAAUAGGAAAAAUGGAUAAUUUUAAUUCAAAAAGAAAUAGUAUUUCUGAAAACAGUAUAAAAUAUUUAGAAGAUACUAUUAACAAUAUUUCUGAAACAAAAACCAAAGCUCAAACAGAUGAACUUAUUAUAAGAGUAUUUCCAUUAGUCUGUGUUUGUCAUAAAGAUUCAUGGAAAGAUAUCAUUAAAUCAGAUAUAUCUCCAUCUUCUACAUUAAAAAGUGCACCACCAAACAUUGCUCAUAAAAUAUUUUAUACAUCAGAAAAUAAUGUUUCUUCAAAACUCGAAAAAAACAUAAAAUUUGAAACUAUAGGGAAUAAUAUUAAAAUAACAAAAGAAAUUCGAAGAAAAUCUUUUCCUGAAAUAUAG